AUGGUCUGGACGGUGAAACAGAAUUGCGAUCAACCAGAAGAUGGUCUUUCCUCCGACGAGUCUGCUUCGAUCAUGCUCUACUCAAUGGAAUGGGCACCAACUGAAAAGUCAUUCUAUCUUAUUCUUAAUAGCGCUCUUCGUUCUGAAAAUCGACAAGAAUUAAUACCCUGGUUUUCCUAUCUUCGGCUUAUUACGACGGCUUUCACAAAGCUCCCCUCAACUGUCAGUCGCACGGUCUAUCGAGGUGUCAAAAUAGAUCUGCGCUCUCAAUAUCCAAAAGGAAAACAAUUUGUUUGGUGGGGAUUCUCAUUGUGUACAGCUCGUGCUUCCAUUCUCGACCAUUUUCUCGGUAAAACUGGAACACGAACUAUCUUUAACAUCGAUUACGAUACCGGAAAAGAUAUUCACAAGCAUUCUAUAUUUCGCAACGAAGAUGAAGUUUUACUUCUCGCCGCUCGAAACUUCGAGGUAAUCAGGAGUGUCAAUAAAGGAGACGGACUUCAUAUAAUUGAACUCAAAGAGAUUAAACCACGUUUUCCUUUGAUUUCACUUCCGCCAACGCCUGUUCCUAUAACCUAUCAAAAUCCAACACUUGUAGAGCGAAUCAAUAAAUGUCAUCCCUUCUCGAAGAUGGAUUUAAGCCAGCAGAAAUUGACCGAUCAAGACAUGGAGAUUAUCGUCCAGCAGGCAAUCAUCGACAAACAGUGUACGCAUCUCGACUUAUGCGGGAACGAGAUCACAUCACAAGGUGCAUCGUUCAUUGCCGAGGCAUUGUACAACAACACAACAUUGAAGUCACUGUCUCUUUCAGGCAAUCAUGUGUCUGAUGUGGGUCUGAGGUAUCUGACACAGCCACUCUCGCUCAACAAUUCGACUCUUGAGACCCUUGCUCUUGGCUCGAAUGACAUUACAGACGAAGGUGCACAACAUCUCGCUGAAAUGCUCAAGAAAAAUACAACAUUGACUGAACUGAUGCUCGGUCAGGAUAAAAUAGGUGAUCGAGGAAUUCAGUUGUUGGCUAAUGCACUCGCUCACCACAACAACAGUCUUCAAAAGCUGUGUCUCUUUUUGAGCGAGUUGACGAGUGACUCGAGUGUCGAUUCUCUCGUUGAAAUGCACAAAUACAAUCGAUCAUUACAGAAACUCUACGUGAACGACUGUAAUCUGUCCAAACGGGGAAACGAUAGACUCGAAGCACUGAAACAAUCGAAGAUCGGUUUCAAACUGUGUACGUACUCAGUGUGGUGGUAAAAGCAUGUUACAUCUCCAAGUGGGAUGAUUAAUUUUUUUGUAACAAACUUUCACCUCUCGGACUGGAUUUUAAAAUCCAUUAUUAAUGUUAGCCCCUCCCGGAAAUGGAUGUUCAGUCCCAUUCGAAGCUCUCAUCGCUAUCUAUCACACUUUUUGAGGGAUAACUUAUCCUUUGGAGUCUAGUUUUCAAAAGAUAGAUCAAUUUUCCGCUUCAGCACGCCCAUAUAACUCUGAUCUCGGACUGAAAUUCCGAGACGAAAUUGUGACAUUUUGCUCUGUUUAUAUGUUUUUAACGAAAGCAUAUGUAGUGUUGUGAAAAGUCGAGAAUUAUAAAGCAGAUGUUUCUCUACAAAAUGAGGCGUCUCGAAGCUCUGUACGUUUCUUUUUUUAAAAAAUAAAAGGAAAAUGCAGAACGCCCUUCUCAAGCUUUAUUUUGGGACAAUAGCAUUUAGUAUUUUCCGUUUCCUUAACUCAGUCUGAGAUUUGACCGAGGUAUAACGAUUUUAAUUUUUGCUGGUAACAGGCNGGGGGAAGGGUGUACUCCACCAUGACUUGUAUUUUUUCUGACCAGAUUGUAGAGAAAGUGAAACUCCAUAUACCCUGGAAGUUUCUCGGCAAACGAACUUGUUUUGACAGAGUUACGGCUUUUAUAAAUUAUAUGCCUCUACAGGCCACCUAUUGGUAUGAAUUUUCGAAAAACUUUUUAAAUAAAAGGUUUUUGUGUAGUUCGAUAGAGGAACCCAAGUUGUAUAUGCCUGAAAUUUUUUCAAUGAUUGAAUGAGUACAUUCAGAGAAAAACGAUUUCUCUAUUAAAGUGCAUUUUUGCUACUAAAAAGUAUUUCUUUAAAACCUCGCCUGUGAUUUCAGGUAUACGAUGCAUUGAACCCAAGUUGUAUAUGUAAGUUAUAGAUUUUUCGCCUGUUACCAGCAAAAAUUAAAAUCCUUAUAGCUCGGUCAAAUCUCAUGCUGACUCAGGACGGCUCAUAAAUCAUAAUCAAAAACAAAAAAAAGUGAAUUUCAGCUGGUCAUAUGUUUAAGGUUUUCCAGGAACCUUAUGGAAAAUCUCAAAGCCCCAGUGUUCUACUGGACUAGGUUUUCGACUUGAUCAACAAUCUAUGACGCCUUUUAAGUCUUUCCAACGAGUUUCCUUAACUCAGUCUGAGAUUUGACCGAGGUAUAACGAUUUUAAUUUUUGCUGGUAACAGGCGAAAAAUCUAU